CUCGACUAAGCAAGCAGUUGUGCUAGUUGAAGCUUUCAUUUCCAUAUAUAUAGUUAGGUGUUUGUAAUAUGCUUAUGAUGUCAAAAUCUUACAUGGUAAGGUUUAUAGUGGUGCUGUUUACAUUCAUUGUCUUACGAGAUUCUCUAGCAUGGACAGACCUGCAGAACUACACAUUCGUUCUUGAAUCGACAAGUAUUACUGGAUUAUGUGAGACAUAUAGUCAAGUCACAGUGAAUGGACAGCUUCCAGGUCCAACUCUUUAUGUCCGAAAUGGAGACACACUUAAUGUUGUAGUUUAUAACAAAGCCCAGCACAAUGCAUCCAUCCACUGGCAUGGAGUGAGGCAGAUCCGCACAGCGUGGGCUGAUGGACCUGGGUACAUUACACAGUGCCCCAUCCAACCAGGGGGAAAGUUUACAUACACUUUCACCAUUAUCGGACAGGAAGGGACGUUGUGGUGGCAUGCCCAUGUUUCAUGGCUCCGUGCAACAGUUCAUGGAGCAAUGGUUAUCCGUCCAAAGAAGGGUAGCUCUUAUCCGUUUACCCAACCUCAUGCUGAGCUUCCUAUAGUGCUAGGGGAGUGGUGGAACAGUGAUCCCAUCACAGUCGAAGAGGAAGCAAAACUGAGUGGAGGGGCACCGAAUAUUUCAGACGCUUUUACUAUAAAUGGACAGCCAGGAGACCUCUAUAACUGCUCAACGUCAGGAACAACAAAUUUCUCUGUGGUACAGGGACAAACCUAUCUUCUUCGUAUUGUCAAUGCUGCAGUCAAUAAUCACCUCUUUUUCAAGGUUGCGUCACACAGUCUCACAGUGGUAUCUGUGGAUGCCUCCUACACAAAGCCAUACACAACAGACAUACUGAUGAUAACAUCUGGUCAAACCGUAGAUGCUCUUCUCACAGCCAAUCAAUCACAAGCCAAAUACUACAUGGCGGCAAAGGUAUACACUACUCAAGCUCAAGGAAAUUUUGACAACAACACAACAACCGCCAUUUUAAGCUAUGUGGGUUCUAAUUCAUCUGCCGCUCCAAUCCUUCCGGACCUUCCAAUAUACAACGACACUACAACUGUCACCACAUUUACCCGAUCGUUACGAAGCCUGGCUUCAGAGGAGCAUCCGGUUGCUGUUCCCCAAACCAUAAGUGACAGUAGCAUCAUAACUGUAGGACUCGGUUUAAUCCCUUGUGAAACCAGCGGUAACUGUAGCGGCCCUAACAAUACCAGAGUGAGUGCCAGUAUGAACAAUGUAUCUUUUGUUCUGCCAGACAUUGACGUUCUGCAAGCUUAUCAGUUCAACAUAUCAAAUGUCUAUACCACCGACUUUCCUUCCAAUCCACCGGUUGAAUAUGAUUACACCGGCGUGGUAUCAGAAACUUUGUGGGCGCCAAUUUCUGGGACAAAAGUGAAAGUGAUUGAAUAUAAUGCCACAGUCCAGGUGGUGUUCCAGGGAACAAACAUUUUCCAAGAAGACAACCAUCCAAUGCAUAUUCAUGGGUAUGAUUUUUAUAUUGUAGGAGAGGGUUUUGGUAAUUAUGAUGAUGAAACAGAUCCGAGCUCUUUCAAUCUGGUUGAUCCACCGCAAAGAAAUACUGUAGGGGUUCCUGUCAAAGGAUGGGCUGCUGUCAGAUUCAAAGCUGACAAUCCAGGUGCGUGGUUUGUACAUUGUCACUUUGAUGACCAUGUAACAUGGGGGUUGAAUAUGGUCUUUCUGGUGAAGAAUGGCCCCACUGUUUUGGAAAGUUUAAUCGCUCCUCCUGCUGACCUCCCCCAAUGCUAAAGAAAGUUCCAUGUCUGAUUAGAGGCAAGGCAACGCUUUAAGGAUUUAUGCAACUCUUCUUUUAUAAGUUGUGUGUGAAUUAGGUCAUCAUUAAGAUCUAGUCCAUGAUGUUUAGUAUGAGAAAAGAAGGAUAAAGUUCAUCCUUUAUCUUUAGUUUAGAUAUUUAUGUGAUGUAGAGCAAUUUUUAUGUGCUUUUUAUCAUUAAUUUUUAUUAAUAUUAAAAUUAUUUCUUUAAUUUUA